AUGUUUCAUGACAGAAAGGAAAAACGUAAAAAGCAUUUUGACGGGACGCAAGAGUUGAAUCUCGAAGGGCCCAAAUUUGACUGGUUUGACACGUUGAAAACGCCGCUGAUUCUUGACAAAUGCAAAAAAAAUGAAGCAUGGCAUCACGAAACUGCUUUGAUUACCAGUGAACAAGUAAUUGAUUCACAUCUGGAGAAACGGAAAAAAAGUGUAGAACAUGAUUAUCGUGUUCGACUACGUCAACUUCAAGAAAUUGCAAACAGCUUGAAUAAAUCUCUCCAAACCUUCAUUUAA